AUGCGAAAGUUAAGCCUCAGCACCGGCGCCGGAAUGUCUCGACAAGCGAAAACAGUACCGCAAGUGAAAAAGGUUUUGCCACCAGCCGUUCCGGAAAUUUACGGCAAGAUUGCGUCCAACAAUGGCAAAAGUGGACAGGCUGAGCAGGGAUCCGCUGCAGGGUGUCCGAGUGAUCUGUCAAGCUCCGGAGAGAAUGGCAGCGACAGAACGAUUGAUAGUUCGACGGCACCGUCUAGUUUAAUGUUACGCUGUGCGCCGGAUGGCGGCGGCGGCAUCGACUACGGACUAGACGAUCAGGGUAUCGAUCUGACGCAAUCGCCAGGCAGGGACAGCCCGGUUUCGUUGUCGGAGUCUGCCGGAUCCGGUUCACGUCACUCUACGGCCAGUCUCGAUUCGGGGCGAGCGUCCUCGUACCUGACCGGGGCGUCCAACUCUUCCAACCGCAGCGUCAGCGGUGUCGGCAGCUAUGGUGUUUUAUCAUCUCCCCGCUGCUCGGUUAGUUCGUGCUCAAUCGGAUCCGGUAGCGGCGGAAGCAGUAGCGGUGUCGGCAGUGGAACUUGUGGCAGCCAUCGGUUGAGUAAUCACUCCAACCGCUGCGAUCACGACGCCAUCUCUGAGUGGCUCAUGGAGAUCCACUUUCACGAGUAUACCUAUCUGUUUCUGGACGCCGGUUACGAUCUGGCGACGAUCGCGCGUAUGACGCCUGAAGAUCUGACAGCCAUUGGCAUCCGGAAGCCGAAUCAUCGGGAGCGGUUGAAGCGCCACAUCGAUGCACUCAAACUGUCAGACGCGCUUCCUGUUUACGUACCGGGCUCGAUCGAGGAGUGGUUACGAUUGCUGCGAUUGGAAGAAUACGUUCAGCCGCUUCUUGCCCAAGGCUACCAGACCGUACACGAUGUAACGCAGCUCACUUGGGAAGACCUGGAGGACAUCGGUAUCGUAAAGCUGGGGCACCAGAAAAAGAUUCUUCUCGCGAUCAAACGCGUGAAAGACAUCAUCAGCGGCAAAAUACUGAUGAUGGACACACCGUCAUAUGCAUCGACCAGCGGGAUGGGCCUUUCACCCACCACUUUGCGAGCUUCCACUGGCACGGUUGGCGUCCGUACUCACAACGACGACAUGGGUAUCGGUUUGCGAUCAGAUUCAGCAAAACUACUGCAACAACAACAGCAACAACUAAAUGCGCCACCCAGCACGGGUGGCUACAGUACAUUCCUGCGUCAGCAACUACCUGUUCGAGCAGAGGGUAAUGGUAUAAAUAAUUCCGAAGCGAUGUACUACGUUCAACAUCAACAGCAUCCACUUUUCGUACCGCAACACCACUCCCGUCAGCAACAGCUUCAUCAACAGAUGAUCACCUACCCUCAUGUGCACUUCGACGGCUCGCAGGCUAUCUAUCGACGCAGUUCGUACGACGAUAGUGACAUCACGCCAACCAACGAGAAAGCUUCCGUCUUGAUGGCGCUAUCUGGAAGUGAAACCAAUCACGGGGUGCCAUUGCAUCAACUUCAGCAGCAGCAGACCUGGAAGCAUUCUCAGCAACAGCAGCAGCAGCAGCAGCAGCAACAGCAAUACUUUCAGGGCGGAGGUACGCUUCCCCGACAGCAUCAACGCAACAGCUACGGCGCUCGCUUGGCGUUUCUGGGACCUAACGCGGCCCCUACAAUCCCGCAACGUCAACGGCCAAUCGCAAAAAUCGUCGCCAACAAUUUGAAACUGGCAGGUGUUGCGAGCGGAGGAACGCCCUCAACAGGCAGUCCCGUUCCUCCGGCCGGUGACGGCGGAACGGAGCCAGCAGCUACCGGUGUUGGUUUCCCGCUACCGCCGAUGUUAGGUCACAUUGGAAACGUGGAGAUGGCUACGGCAGCCCUGGAUGCAAUGCACUUUUCCAACUUCUCUGGUACACCGUACCCUGGUGCGCAGCACCACACGCCAUCUAAAUAUGGCAUCCAUGCUGCUGCUUCUGUGGAUGAGCCUUCUGGUGCAGUUUCGAGUAUACCGCGGAUUGCAGGAAUACAACCAGCUAGUGGACAGCAGCAGCAGCAGCAACCUAUAUACUAUAAUCAGAUUAUUUUGCAAUCGCAUCAUAGCCACCACCACCACACUCAUCAUAGCUACUCUUCGCAAUCGACGCCAUCGCCACCGACACAACAUACGCUGCUUCCGCUGGCGGCAGGCCCGUUCGGUGAGGGUUGCUACGCCGGCCAAACCCAUCAGACGACGGUCGAGGUGCACAAGGUAUCGACGCAGCACGACAAUAAAUCUAACUCGAGUCUUGAAUCUAUUGACCAGAUACCGUUUGCGAAUGAAAAUGCCGGUACAAUCAAGCAGCGCUCGUCGUUUAAUCGAAUGGAGCACCAGUUCGGUCAGCAGCAGCAGCAGCAGCAGCAACAACAGCAACAUCAUCAUCCACUUCUGCUGCCCACAUUGUCCUCUUCGUCGUCCACUUCGUCCUCGUCUUCUUCAUCGUCAGGGUCCAUCACGACUACGCUUGCAACUUGCAAUGGCGCGCUGCAACAGCAAUCUCCGUCCGGAUCUGCGCCCGGUCUAACAGUGCAAACAACGAAGCCUGCGGCGCCAGGAUCCUUUUCUCCCGUGUCGGCUGACAGUGGCAGCGUAAUUGUUGCAACACCCAACGAACCACAGCAACCACAGGUUGUUGCAGAAGUUACAUCCACGGUCACCGGCGAUAUCUACGGCACUAACGUGCUCAACGACAUCGGUAACAUGCUAGCGAAUUUGACCGAUGAGCUGGAUGCCAUGCUGGAGGAGGAAAAGUGUGCAGGCAUUAGUGAUGUCGACUAGCUUGGAACCAACUGAGCCGGGUAAUUAUAGGGGAUCGGCAUUCGAUGCCUCACACUAGGCUUUGUGAUAUGCCGCGUGUGCGUUAACAUUGAGAUAAAAAAGAGAGAUAGAUGGAGAUGAAUAGAGAGAGAUAAAGAGAGAGAAAGAGGGAGAGAUAGAGGGGAAAACACGAAAAGAGGAAGGGAGAAACAGAUUGAGACAGUGGACGGGGGUGGUAGUGACUGUGGAAGAGAUUGAAAAUGGGACGGGGGUGGUGCUGACUCCGGAAUGUCGAACAUGAUUUGACUUUGGCGUGAUGGAUGAAAAAAAUAUCCUCUGUUUUCGAAAAAGCAUUCCCACAAUUCCUUUUGGCACGGAGUACAUCCAUUGCACUACUCUGUGCCCUACGAUUAAUAAGUGUCAUGCUCUGCGCACGUAGCAAUAACAAUAUAUAGGGACAUUCGUUAGUUCUAA